CUUAAAGACUGCUGUGAUUCCCUCAGUGUUUGGGUUUUGAUUCUUUUUAAACACAGAUUAAUGGUCUAAUUGAACCUGUGUUUUUGACAGAACUGGAUGACUGCAAUGACAUACCUACAUCUUCCUUUAAAAAAAUGGUUGUAGUUCGUGAGCCACUAAAACCAUUGCAAAUAUCUCUUUAAAAUGUAAAUGCUGCUGAGCUUUUCCUGACUCUGAAUUGAUGGAGUCUUUACUGCAAUUACAGAAUAGAAUUUUCUGUUGUGUUAUAGAAAGGAAAACUAUGUUUUUCGUUUUAUUUAGGGCAUGUUUUAGAAGUGAAUCUGUGAGAGGAUCCAAGAGAAUUUUGUUUAAUUUUGGUUUUGCUGGGUAAAGUUUGCAUUUGUGUGCAUUGCUGAAAUAGUUUGGGUUUCUAGGAGGGCUCAGUAGUGGCAGAGAGGAAUUGCCUCUGAAGGGAAGAUUUUUAUCAGCUGCACUAAAAGCCAGUGUUCUGUGGUUUUACAGGAGGCUCAGAAAACGUUGAGGUGCUUAAUUGCAGUGAAUUCCACAGGUCACGUAGCCUGUUUAGGUGGUCCCUGAUAUGCUGGCAGGUGUUUCUGUGCGUCAUUGGGCACCUAAAUACUCGUAAAAUUACCUCACCAGGCCAUUUCAGGCUGUGUAGUUUUGGUCUUGUUCUCUGCCUCCCCUGUGCACGUCCCUCAGCACAGAAGUUCCCUUUAGAAGUCUCCUGUUGUACUGGUGCAGCUGUUUGUGGGCUGUGCUUCCUAGAACGAAACUUACUUCUCCUCAGGUAGAGGGGCUGGCUGCAUUUUGUUUGCAUUUGUGGAGAACAUCAUGUUACUUUAUAAAAAUAAUAAAGCAAAUUUAGCUAAGUGACUUUCCUGUGAUUCCCAGAUAGACUGUUUAAUCUGUUAAGGGGAUUAUGUGGUGUAGUGCUUACAGACACGAGGGACUGAACUCCUUGAAUCAGGGAACCCUUUCCUGCUCUGUGUUCCUGUGAAUGAAGUUGUGCUGGGGAGGACAUUGAGAUUUCUGGCCAGGCUGGGGAGAUGACAGCAGUGGAGAAGGUGGAGGAGCAGCUGGCGGCUCUGUGCAUAGCCAGGCGCUGUGUGCCCAGCGAGGAGCCCUCCUACCUGCUGGACAUCGACACCUCCACCGCUGCCCAGCCCGGCAGCAGCCGCCUCGUGGCCGUGUCGUGUUCCAGCCAAUCCCUCAGGCUGUACGACAGGGAAUCACUGCGCUUCCUGCGGGAGUACCGCGCCCACCCCGGCUCCCUCAGCGGGGUCAGGUUUGCCCACACGUGUGACAGCCUGGUGUUCUCAGCCUGCAGCCAGGGCACGGUGCAGUGCUGGGACGCUCGCUCAGCCACGCAGAAGCCUGUGCAGGUGUUCACUGGAUAUCCUUCCAACGUCUUCAUCAGCUUCGAUGUCAGCUGCAAUGACCUCAUCGUCUGUGCCGGAACGGAAAAAGUCGAAAAGGACACGUUUCUGGUGUUUUGGGAUGCAAGAGGCGUUACAGACUGUGCCAGUGCCACUAAAGAACCCUUGGGAGUCUACUCUGAAAGUCACAAUGAUGACAUCACCAAAAUCUGUUUUCAUCCUGUGGAACCCAAUUUGGUAGUGUCUGGGUCAACCGAUGGCUUGGUGAAUGUGUUUGACAUCAACAAGGAUAACGAAGAUGAUGCUUUGAUAUCGACCUGCAAUUCGGAUUCCUCGGUGAGUUCACUUGGCUGGUCUGGGGAAGAUUACAAACAGGUCUAUUGCAUGACACACGAUGAGGGGUUCUGCUGGUGGGACAUGGCUCAGCUGGACACCGAAGAACCAAUAACCCUGCUGCACGUUCUGGAUGUCAGAGAGUCAGUCUGCACUGAAAACCACGGCCUGCAUUACCUGGUGGGUGGCUUGUACCACGAGAAGGCAAAGAAACUCUUCCUGAUUGGGGGAACCUCCACAGGGAACAUCCACCUGAUCAGCUGUGGCACCGAUGGCCUGAGCCUGGUGGGGACCCUGAGUGGGGGACACUCGGCCACCGUGCGCUCCUUCUGCUGGAGCCCCACGGAUGAGUCUCUGCUGACGGGUGGAGAGGAUGCUCAGCUGUUGCUAUGGAAACCCGGGGCUGUGGAAAGGUCCCUCACAAAGAAAGCGUCUCUGAAGAUCUCUUCUUCCCUGCAGAAGAGAGUGAGAGUUCACAACACCUCCCUCAAAAGCAGGAAAAAGUGCAGUGCCUAAAGUGGGAAUCUCUGCUGUGUAGAGCUUUUCCUGGUGUUUAAUCUCCCUAGGCAAUACUUGCCCGUGUUUUAUUUGGAGGUUUUCUGUGGAACGAACUGUGAUGCUUGAAUUCCCCCUGGGAAUGUAUUUCAGUCAUCAGAAGAAUGCCUUUUAUUUUUUUUUAAGUUGCUAAUAUUAAUCAGGAAAGAGUAAAUGCUUGCUCCUGAACAACAGAUGUUAAAUCAUAUUAUAUAAAACUGUUCCUGUGGUUAUUUAAUGUCUCAGACAAUGUUUUAAAUGUGUAAUACAGGCAUGUGGCUUGCAUAGUUUGUUACCUUCCCAAUUAUAUUCCCUGGCGCAUUUUAAAAGCUUUUGUAUGCCAUGCUGUAUUUUGCUUUCUUCACAGAAAACUUAAUGAAAUUGCUCAAUUUAGUAAAAGAUUUUAUGUCACAUC